AGCUCGCUCUCGCCACACUUAAUCACUUCCCUGCGCACAACUUGCUGCCCAGCCAGCUGAUUCCGAUCCGAUCCAAGUCGCAGCUCAGUGGCACAGCUCCCAGUUGCUCCAGUUGCCCACCGUCCGCUUUUGUGUUCCCUACAGACAGCCAACGAACCUGAGGAUGUCCACUCCCAUUCGCUACUACUAUGACCUGAUGUCGCAGCCCUCGAGGGCGUUGUUCAUUAUCUUCCGGCUGAGCAAUAUGCCCUUCGAAGACUGCGUGGUGGCCCUGCGCAAUGGCGAGCACUUGACCGAAGACUUCAAGAAGGAGAUUAACCGCUUCCAGCGCGUGCCCUGCAUCCACGACAAUGGCUACAAGCUGGCGGAGAGCGUGGCCAUUCUGCGCUAUUUGAGCGCCAAGGGCAAGAUACCGGAGCACCUGUACCCCAAGUACUUUGUGGACCAGAGCCGCGUGGACGAGUUCCUCGAGUGGCAGCACAUGUCCCUGCGGCUCACCUGCGCCAUGUACUUCCGCACCGUGUGGCUGGAGCCGCUUCUCACCGGACGCACUCCCUCCGAAGCCAAAAUCGAGACGUUCCGCAUGCACAUGGAGCGCAACCUCGAUGUGGUCGAGGAGGUCUGGCUGGAGGGCAAGGACUUCCUCACCGGAUCCGCCCUCACCGUGGCGGACAUCUUUGCAGCCUGCGAAAUCGAACAGACACGAAUGGCCGACUACGAUGUCAGGAUCAAGUACCCCAAAAUCAGGGCGUGGCUGAAGAGAGUGCGCCAGAGCUGCAAUCCGUACUACGAUGUGGCCCACGAGUUUGUCUACAAGAUCUCUGGAACGGGUCCACAGGCCAAGCUAUAAGCUCCAACGUUCACAAAGCCAUUCUGUACAUAGAUCAUUAUCAUUGCUGGGGACUUAGAUGUAGUUGAUAAUCAUGUUGUCAUCGCUGGGAACAAAACGAUAAUAAAAAGUGCUUGUUUCUGGUUUAUA